AUGCUGAGUGGGUUACUGAACAAAUCUGGGUAUGGAUACGUACUAGAUAAGGUCAGGAAAUUGAAAGUCAGCCACCAACUCUAUAUGGACGACCUGAAGCUUUUCGCGGCCACUGAAGACCAGAUGAGAAGACUGUUGGAGAUAGUAUCCUCCUUCAGCAGAACAAUAGGAAUGGAGAUGGGUUUGGCAAAGUGUGCGGUUCUGAAUGUGAGAAGGGGCGGGAUCAUAGAAGGAGACGAGGUAAAACUGUGGGAUGGCUCUAGAAUAGCAUACUUAAAACCACAAGAAGGGUACAAGUACCUGGGAGUGCAGCAGGCCCUCGACUUCAAGACAGCUGAAGUGAAAGAAUCAUUGAAGACUAAAUACUUUGCCAGAAUCAGGAGUCUACUGAAGGCUAAAUUAAAUUCCAAGGCACUCUUCACUUCGAUUAAUAUAUGGGCCUUACCUUGUAUCAGCUAUUCAUUCGGAGUUGUGCGCUGGACAUCUACGGAGCUGCAGGCGGUGGAUGUACAGACAAGAAAGCUGCUGACUAGAUUUGGUGUUCAUCAUCCCCAUUCCUCGGUGAGUAGGCUCUAUAUACCUAGGCAGGACGGAGGCAGGGGACUGCAAAAUAUACAAAUAACACAUAACAAGAUGGUGUUAGAAAUGAGAAAAUAUUUCAGGUCUAAAAACUUACCUUUUUAUGAGACCAUAUGUCAGGCAGAUGAGUCCUCGGCACUGCAGCUCGCGAAACCUACCAUAAACCUCAGGGAACAGACACUCGAGCAGCUCUCGGAGGAGUGGCACAGCAAGGCACUGCACGGUAGAUACCCUGGGAAUUUAAGAUCAGACAGUAUCCUGAGGUCAGAAUCGCUUACUUACCUCAAAGCAGGGUACCUUUUUCCGGAGACGGAAGGAAGAAUAGUAGCUAUCCAGGAUCAAGUCAUACCAACACGUGCAUAUAUCAAGAGGAUUACUAAUCGUAAUAUUCCUACUGACGUCUGCCGAAAAUGCUCCAAAUUCCUGGAAACAGUGCAACAUGUCACAUCCUCUUGCCCAAUUUUAGCUCCUAGGGACUAUAUGGAACGCCAUAAUGCGAUGGCAAAGAUUUUUCAUAGGGAACUCGCGAAAAGGACAGCUUUGAUGCACGAGGAAGGGAACCUUUAUACUUACCAACCAUGCAGUGUCCUAGAAAAUGAAAAUUUUAAAUUGUACUGGGACACGACUAUUGUCACGGAUAGAGCAGUACCACACAACCGCCCGGACAUUGUGUUGUUUGAUAAGGCUGAAAAAUCUGUGUCCAUAAUAGAUGUCACAGUGCCCGCAGACGAGAAUAUCUCCAGAGCUUAUACGGAGAAGCUGACUAAGUACCAGGAUCUCGCAUUCGAACUGAAAGAGAUUUACAGGUUAAAGAAAACGUCGAUUCUCCCAUUAAUAAUAUCCGUGAAUGGUUUGGUAGAGAGUCAUAUCACAGAGAACACGAGACGUCUACAAUUAAGUACCUACCUUAUCAGCCAGGCACAGAAGGAGGUCAUUUUGGCGACCGCGCGAAUGGUUCGAAGAUUCCUAACCAGUCACUGA